AAGCCAGCGAUUGGAUUUCAGAAAUUUGAGAGUCAACACUGGCUACUACUGCAGCUGGUAUUCAGCCUUCCCUUCCCUAGCCUACCGCCCGGAGUGGAAAACGUCGACGCUUCUCUGCGACUGAUGUUGUCUAAUGUAAAGAAUUAUUGAUGCGUAAAAUGGAUCGGGCAGCGGUAACAGUGGGUCCGGCUAUGGAUAUGCCGAUCAUGCACGACAGUGACCGGUACGAUUUGGUCAGGGAUAUCGGUUCCGGUAAUUUUGGCAUCGCCAGACUUAUGAGAGACAAGCAGACCAAAGAGCUGGUCGCAGUUAAGUAUAUCGAACGGGGCGACAAGAUAGAUGAAAAUGUCAAGAGGGAGAUUAUUAAUCACAGAUCUUUGAAGCAUCCUAACAUUGUUAGAUUUAAGGAGGUGAUUUUGACACCAACUCAUCUGGCUAUUGUGAUGGAAUAUGCUUCUGGUGGAGAGCUUUUUGAUCGAAUCUGCAAUGCUGGACGCUUCAGCGAGGAUGAGGCUCGUUUUUUUUUCCAGCAGCUUAUAUCUGGAGUCAGCUACUGCCAUUCAAUGCAAGUAUGUCAUCGUGACUUAAAGCUGGAAAAUACAUUGUUAGAUGGAAGCCCAGCUCCACGUCUGAAGAUAUGUGAUUUUGGGUAUUCCAAGUCCUCUUUGUUACAUUCGCAGCCGAAGUCUACAGUGGGAACUCCUGCUUACAUUGCUCCUGAGGUUUUACUCAGGCAAGAAUAUGAUGGCAAGAUAGCAGAUGUGUGGUCAUGUGGGGUGACAUUAUAUGUCAUGUUGGUUGGCGCAUAUCCAUUUGAGGAUCCUGAUGAACCAAGGGACUUUCGGAAGACAAUAAAUAAAAUAUUAAAGGUUCAAUAUACAAUUCCUGAUCAUGUGCAAAUAUCCGAGGACUGUCGCCAUCUAAUAUCAAGGAUUUUUGUUGCAGACCCUGCCCAGAGGAUCACCAUUCCUGAGAUCAAGAACCAUGUUUGGUUUUUGAAAAACCUCCCUGCAGAUCUGAUGGACGAAAAUACCAUGGGCAACCAGUUUGUAGAGCCUGACCAGCCAAUGCAGAGUUUAGAUGUUAUCAUGCAGAUAAUGUCUGAGGCCACCAUACCACCUGUUGGCCUGUGUAACCUGGACAUCAUGGAUGAUGACAUGGAUGACCUGGAUUCUGAUGAUCUUGAUCUUGAUCUUGAUCCUGAUCUAGAUAUUGACAGCAGUGGAGAGGUGAUAUAUGCGAUCUAAUGUCAUUCAUGGCUGGGUUGUAAAAGUCAGUCUCUAAAUGGAAAAGCUGCUUUGGGCUUACGGCUGCAUGAUGAUGUGAAUUUGAAGUAUGGAUGUAAGAUUUUUACACACAAUAUGCAGUAGUCUGGUCAUAAGAUGAAACAUCAACGAUCUUUUUUGUUACAAGGCCUGCAUCAUAUGCAACUUUUUGGAAAUUUCGUUUAAGAGAAUUCAAGCUUUUGCGCAUGGAGAGGAGAAAAUUAAAGGAGUGCAUGACCUGGAACCCCAUCCUGUUGUUAUUAGUUGUCAUUUUUUUUUUUUGGGUUGAUCUCGUGCUUUUUGUUGUUUGUUUUACUACUAAACACAUGUUGUGCUCAGUGAUGUAUACACUGAAGUAAUUUUUACUACAGAUACUUGAAGAUUUUUUGACUUCUCCUUGUUCUGUAUAUAUACGACUGCUUUGUAA